ACCAGGCUGUGUGUGGAUCAGAGUACUAUCUCUCUCCUCUUGAGUGCUUCUCUUUCAUUCUGAGUUCAUCAGCUCUCUCUCCCUGAUUUUCUUCUCAUAUUGUAUACAUGUAUAUAUAAUUGCAAAGAAUUUAGAAAAUAGAAAAAUGAUUGGUUAUUGAAAAAGAAAAAUAAUUUGGAAAAAGUUAUAAGUUGUUAUCAAAAUCUUUCUUGAAUGAACUCAAUAUUUAAUAACAUGGCAACUCGAGGUGGAGCUAUGGGAGUUUCGAGCUUCCCUUCAACACCUUCAUGUUUUUGCAGGAAUGGCAGAACCACCUGCUCAACCCUCUCUUUGCAGAUUGCUAGCAAGUCAGCAACCUCAAGAAGAAGUAUCACCUGUUCUGCUGUGCAAGAAUCAUCUACUUCCACAGUUGAAGAGAAGAAGGUGAAGAAAGUUGAAGAGACGGCACCAGCAAAGCCUAAAUCUGCAGGAAAGGCUCCUGCCAAAGCACUCCCUCAGUUGAUGGAAGAAGAUGUGAUUCCUUCAUUAAAAGCGAUUCUUGAAGCUGAACAAGAUAUCACUGAACUUGAGUUAUCUUUCCAAGACAACAGAUUGGAUGGAUACUUUAAAAAGAAGGGCAACCCUUACUCAUUUUGGGCAUUCUUCCCCAGUGGAAACCUAACAGGUCCAAAAGGGUUUUCUCUAUCCUCCUAUGGCUCGGGAGCAAGCACUGUCGAACCUUUUCUGGUUGAUGAGAAGAAAAUCACGGCAAAACAUGUAGUAUUCUGGGUGGAAAAGCGUUUGGCAGCUCAAGGAAUCAUUCCAGUGUGGAAAGAACAAUAAUGAAUUACAGGCAUUAAGUUACUCAAAUUCAUUCCAAGUGACGUAACAUGAUCAUCCAUUGUAUUGCAUUUUUGCUCAAUGGUUAUGAUAUAACAUAAUGUUUAUUAAGGCAAAAAGACUGAUAAUCUUUUUGGUCACAUCAUGGAUCAACAUCAUCAAUGUAAAUUUCAUCAAAAUUCUUGAAUGGUGAAUUUACCAUCCUUGCAUCAUUUGCUCUUUCAUCACAUUUUCUAAGGAUAGAGGUACCAAUUUAAUAAAUUCAAUAAAAUAUAACAGGAGAGAUUGAUUUUUGUUCUUACGCAGAACAAACUCUAUAACAUAAAUCACAAGACUACAUUUAAGGUGCAUAACCUUUGUCAAUAAAUCACUCAAAAAAAAAAAAA